AUGCUUCAUGACACAGAAGCCGUCGUUACUGGUAGCAUCAUCCCCCGCUUUCUGCUCGAUGAUCAAAAUCAAUACAUCCCCGUAUCUCUCGACAUUGUUUGUCCCGGAUUCAUCAGCGACGCCCCUGAUAUCGCGCACAAAUUCGUCAUUAAGAUCGGAGGGGAGGAAACGAGUCCGGGGUUCGGAAAUGAUAACAUGGAGGAGGUAGAGGGUAUCGUGGAGGAACGUGCCUACGACCUCUACACGGAGAACGUAUGGCGUGGCCGCUCUAUCCGUCUCUUUCUAUCAUCAGGCUCUCGACCAUCCGCUGCUGUUCCUUGGACAUGGUCCACUCACCUCGUCAACUACAUCACCUGCGAUGGCCUGGUCGUGGCUUAUCCUAAAACGACCUUCGAUCGGGUCGGUCUUAUUCCCCCUCACCGGCGUCAUUCGCUCCCGCCCCCCCGCAUCCUCAUUCGAACCGCGCGCCGCCCAUUCCUAGUUCAAGACAUGCCGGCAACCGAACGUUCACCGGGCAAUGUGCUCCCCGCAGCAUACUGUGCCGAUACAGCGCGCUCUUUUGCGGAUGCAGCCUGCUUCAAGCUCGUCUGGAGCCGUAGUGCAGUCAUGCCUUUGAGAGGAGCGGACGGUUUGAUUGCAGACAUGGACCUCGGUGCACUUGUGGGAUGGCAAUAUAUUCUGUCCGCUACAUUCGAAGGCUACACAAACCCCCGCAUACAUCUCGCGGGUAAUCGAGGCUUGGACGUCGUCUUGGUCGAGAGAAUAUUUGCGCAUGUACCCAUUCCCACGUUGUGGUCGACGCGGCUUGCUUCCAAGUUCUGGUACUACGCUGUCAAGAACUAUCUACGCCGCAAGCAUACACAGCUUCUCCGCAAGUACGUAGACGACGAGGAGGCCUUUCGCUCUCUCAUGCGGCGCACCGGUACGAUCAUUUCCGGCUCAGAAGCACUCGACUUCGUCCUCCACGGCACAUCAUGUCCCCCGGUACACGCUCACGACAUGGACAUCUACGCGAACUCUCUAUAUGCUCUUUCCAUUGUAUUGCACCUCCGUGACCUGGAGGGGUAUCGCGUCAUUGUGGAGAGACGACUGUCAGGGCUCGGCGAGCUUAUCGGAGACUACGGCGCAGGUGUGGUAUCUGUCACAACACUUGUGAAUGUCGGACGUGGGACGAAGCUUCAAGUUGUCUGCGUCGCUAGAUUGUCGGCGGUGCACCAAAUAUCGCUUUUCUGGUCCACGCUCGUCAUGAACUUCUUAACCGCGGACGGGUUUUCGAUGGCAUACCCGUCGUUGACCCUUCGCGGAAUUGGGCUCGUUUCUACUAUCAGCAACUCCGGUAUCAGCAAAAACGCGUGUAUUGCGAAAUACAUCGACCGCGGCUUUACUAUAGUUGGCUUCGAGGCCGAUGUCUACAGAAAUGCUGUCUACGCAUGGGAGCCUCCAGGUAUCGAACGACUGGGGUCAUCCGACGGAGAUGACUAA